GAAACCCAUCACAUCCUUCAGUGAGUGGGCUUUACAGAGUGCAGGAGAAAGUGCUCUGUUAACUGAUUCAGGUCACAUCCAGCCGGGCCUCGGGGUGGUGUGAUUGGCUCAGCCCGAAGCGUUGCCAUGCUCGGUAACACUGCCAUACUCCAUUUGGAUUAUAUUCGGCACCCUCCUUUACACCAAUUGAAGUGUCCCAGCCUUCACUGCUGCUGUAGGUUUCCAUGCUGCCAGCAUCAGUGACGACAAAUACUGGAGUGUGUUACCUCAGCUAAACCUGCAUGCUACACAAGACUGGGAUGCACUGAUAAAGCUGCCUAUGGGCUCUCCCACUGCUGAUUUGUUCAAAUCUGAUCACAAUCACAGAUUUGACGUUUGGGGGAGCCACGUUCGCGCAUUGGGCCAGCGGGCACACGGAUUGGCUGGACGCUCCACGUUGCACGGGUCUAAACAGCAGCGUAAAGCAGACACACGCAGGGAGGAUGGAAGGAGCCAGAGCAUCCUCGAUAUAUGGAGACAGGCGCGGGUACUUAAUUUAUUUCAUGCAUCAAAACUGCGAGGAGAGUCUUUCUGCGCGGAAACACGGCGAUUUGUUUUGGGGAAGAUAAAUAAGAAAGUGGAGAUAGCUGACAUCAACGUAGCAGCGCCAGACAAAACGGCGCUUCUCAUCACUAUCCGGGACAUCUGGGCAUAUGGGUCUGUCCUUUUGGCAAUAUUACCAUCGAUAGCUUCACAAAAAAUACUACUGCUGCCGCUAUCAUGGGCUCGAGACUAACGAGGCAGAGCAGCUUGGACAAUGAGAAUUUCUCAAAGAAACGUCGCAAGAUUUUGGAUGGCACUGGGGAGAUCGACAGGGGCAAUAAUAAGGGCGGAGGGGACUUUCUGUUUGCCUUGAUGCUCAAAUCUGACAAACUGCCCGGGAUGCUGCGGAGGACCAACCAUAGCCCGUAUAUGAGGCGAGUGGCCUGGAUCAAAGAGAUCCAGAAACUGCUGCGUGAACGGAGGAUAGAGCAGGCAACCGACGUGCUCAAAUUACUGAGAAAGGAUCUAGGGCUAGAAGGAACAUCUUUGAAUGACAUCUUGUAUAAAAAUGCUGCUUUUCUCAAUCUUGUGGAUCCCAUCUCCCAUGAACUGCUGCUAAGUCUGGCAAGAGAAAUGCAAUGCCCCAAAAAGGACGCAGACACAAUAAAGUCGUCGGAUAAGAUCUGCCGACAGCUGAUCUACCACCUGACCCCUCACUCCAAGUGGCUGCGACAGAGCAUGUCCCGACGGAAAUCCCAGGCGUGCUUGAAGACGACCCUACAGAAGAAACUGUCCAGCGACACGGUUGACCUGUCUGGGAUCCCCCUGUCCACUCGGGAUGUCCGCCAGGUUGCCUUCUACCUCCAAAACAACAGAGACAGUGUUGUAGCUGUGGACAUUAGCUUCACUGAACUCCAUGAUGAUAACUUAAGGUUUCUGCUUCCACUUCUCGCACUGAUGCCCAAAUUAAGCACCCUAGCUUUGAAUGGCAACCGCUUAACCAUAGCCAUACUCAAAGACCUCACUGAAAUGCUGAAAGAUCCCAAGAAGUUCUCCAGUUUGGCUUGGAUCGAUCUGGGCAACAAUGUGGACAUUUUUACCAUGCCACAACCUCUGCUGGUGGCACUACGGCGGCGAUGCAGUCUCAAAAGUAGCCUGCCCACUAUUUAUGAAUACACAGAGGGCCAACCUUACUGCUAUCACUUGGAGACAUCUAUAGAGGAACCUAGUCAUUAUGAAGAAGAGGAGGAGGAGGAAGCUGAACAGGAUGAAGAUAUGGAGAAUAAGGAUGAGCUUGAGUCAUGGGGGUUAGGUGAAAAACGGCUAUCAAAAAAAUUCACCCUACACUAUUGUGAAAGGUGAUUUUUCAGAUAUCAUAUGUCAGCAUUAUCCAGUGGCACUCUAGCUAUAUCUGUCUUUGCCCACUCAAAAACAAGUCACCUUCAGAGCACGCUCAAACAACCAGUGCUCAUAUACCUUGUUAAAAUCCAAAAUGGCUGACCCAAGCUCUACAUCUAUGACACAUAUAACAUGAUAGGAGGACUCACUGUGUUGGUGGAUGGUGCUCUUGGAAAGACAGUUGGGUUUCAUUGGAUGGGGGCAGGAUGAGUAAAAUAACCUGGCGUGCUCUCUCUCUCUCUCCACCGCUUGCUUACUUAUCUUCAAAGACUCUCGAUCAAUGAUGAUGAAAAGUAGAGAUGUUUUCGAUCAAAUGGUCGCCAAGGUCAAGAGGAGUAGCAUCCCGGCAGCGGUGGUAAAGCUGAAGUGAACCAGGUUUUUUGGGAGUCUAUACCAGGACUGGGACCAAUGUUGGCAGCUAGGGUCUAGCUCCACAUUGUGUGUUCUAUGUUAAUCUCCCAACAAAAGCUAUGACACAAGUUCAACAGACCCUACGGCCGACUAGUCACGUGAUGUGGGCAAAACUGCUAGGUCAAGACUUUUUGGCGUGCCCCCCCCACCCAAAAUGUCCACUUGUGAAUACCUGCGUGGCCCUUGUGUUGAUGUAAAUGAGGACACAAAACAUGGCUGUUGUUCAGAUUUUGUGCACUUUAGGUGAACAAAGCAAUCUUCGAAGACAACAAGUAGGAUACAACAAAGGGUAAUGUCACUGGUCAGUUUUGUAUUUAAAUGCCUAAAUGCUGAUAUACAUCUGUAAUUAUUCAGUCUUGUAGUUAUCAAACUAUACUUCAAUACUUUUUUAUCACUAAAACUAAUUGGGUCUUAAAAGUGGAAAUUAUAAUUUUACUAAAGUAUUUGAUUUUUACAAGAAAUUGUAUUUGUAUCAUUCUGAGUAAAAACAAAAUGUUAUCAGGAUUAAAGUAGGCUACUAGUUUACAAUAUUCUUGAUCAAAUUGUUCCUAGUCUAAGAAAAUCUCUUAAUGGGUAUGUUUUAUCAUACACAGGGUCUGUCUGCCUAUCGUGGGCUCAGCAGUGAAAGUAGUAAAUUUUGCCAAAUGAAAACUAUUUCACAUUAAAUUUAAUAUAAUACAUAUUUUUACUUCUACUUCAAUAAUAAUUAUAAUAUUUGGGUAAAAUUAUGUACAUUUCCACCUCUGAGUCUCACUCGUGCUCUUCCUACUGCCGAUUUCUUCAUUGACAUCAUUAAUGCUGUAAUUUGGUGGUCAGGGUUACUUCUGACACAGCCAUGACUGUUAAUUUCUUGGUUCCAUUUCUGUAGCACUUAAUAAAACAAUAAAUAAGUUAAGACUGACCGAUACACUGCAAUGCACUUUAAGGCACUGUUAUUUUUUUAUAUAUUAUUUUCCAUAUUUACUCAAUAUAUUUUCUGUCAAAUCAAUAACAUAAGCUUAAAUGGACAUACCUCUUGAUAGUAACUGACCAAAUGUUUGAAUGUUAGACACUGACCCUCUUUAGCAGAUAUAUUAUAUAGUACAUGUUGAAAUGUCUCUACUAUAUGUUUGUAAGUGUUAAAUGUCCACAUGUAAUGAUUUGUAUUUUACUGUUGUCUUUGAUCCUUCUCUGUGAUUGUAAUGUAAUAAUUAGCUACCAAUUCAUGGGGAAUGUGGCUAAUGUGAUUAUGCAUACACAUGUUUAGUAUAUAGGGCAUUUUGAAUCUGGCAUUCCUGCUUCAGAAACUGUGAGAUGUUCCUAUUGUUAACAUGUCAGCCUUCAUCCCUGGUUCAAUCUGUUCCAUGUUUUCUCCUUCCUGUACUGUGUGUUAAUGUCUUUAACCGUCAAACUGCCAAUAAACUGUUGUAUUGAAGUGAA